CUCCUCCAGUAUUUAAGCACCACACCCAUCGGCCGGCUCACUGCUGCACAACCUCCAGUUACUCCCGUCUCCUGCUCUCUCUUCUACACACACUGCACUCAGACAUCUGCCACCAUGGCCUUGGUUUCUGAAUUCCUUGGACAGCUCACCCUCAACAUUGGGGGUCCCGAGCCCACAUACCCCACGGUGGUUCCUGCCGAUGACUUCGACCCGGACUUGGACGCCACCAGAAUCGAGACCGCCAUCAAAACAAAGGGGGUUGAUGAGCAGACCAUCACGGACAUCCUGUGCAAACGCACAUACAACCAGAGACGAGAGAUCGCCUUCGCCUACGAGAGGAGAGCCAAGAAGGAUAUGAUCACUGCCCUGAAGGGGGCGCUGUCGGGCUCUCUGGAGUCCCUGGUGCUGGGCCUGAUGAAGAGCACCACACAGUAUGACGCCGCCUCCCUCAACGCAUCCAUCAAGGGCCUGGGAACGGACGAGGAGACUCUGAUUGAGCUGGUGUGUUCCCGUAGCAGCGCAGAGCUGGUGGAGAUCAAGAGGGUCUACAAAGAGAUGUUCAAGAAGGACUUGGAGAAGGACGUGGCUGGAGACACGUCAGGGGACUUCAGGUCCCUCCUGCUGGCCCUCGUUGAGACCAGGAGGGAUGAGCCUAGCAACGUGGUCGACUACGAGAAGAUCGAUGAAGAUGCCAGAGCGCUGUACGAGGCCGGCGUGAAGAGGAAAGGCACCGACGUGAAGACCUGGAUCUCCAUCUUCUCCGAGAGGAGCGUACCCCACCUGCAGAAAGUCUUUGACAGAUACAAGAGCUACAGCCCAUAUGACAUGCAGGAGAGCAUCAGGAAGGAGGUGAAGGGAGACCUGGAGAAGUCCUUCCUCACACUGGUGGACUGCUUCCAGAACAAGCAGCUGUACUUCGCCAACAGACUUGCUGAGGCCAUGAAGGGUAAAUCGGCCAAGGAUAAAGUCGUGACCAGGAUCAUGGUGUCGAGAUGCGAGGUGGACCUGGCGAGGAUCCGCACCGAGUUCAAGAGGGCGCAGGCCAAGUCCCUGUACCAGACCAUCGCAGAACACACCAAGGGGGACUACCAGAGGGCUCUGUUGACCCUGUGUGGAGGAGAUGACUAAACCCCAGCAGUCCUCCCCUCAUCCCAUCAGCCCGCCCCUCUUGUGUGGUAGCCUCGCAUAAUAGACAUAUACAAAAUAAAUAUGUAUGCUGUAGAUGUCUAUGGUCUCGCCUCUCCUCUACUCUACAGUGAGGGCACCACAGAAGAAGAGCCCCAUCAUGCCCCCCAAACUGUACUGUACUGUACUGUACUUCACGUCCCUGAACUCGGGUGCGUUUCUCAAAAGCGUUGGCCUUGGUAUCUCCAACUCCCACUUCCACUUACACACACACCAGUUUCCACAGAGACCAAACUAUCCCCCUCUAUGCUGCUUCUCUUGCUCCAGCCAUGAUUGUCUCUUGAAGUAGGCCUAGAUGAUAGAUAGAUGCUACUGCACAUUUCAGGACGCUGGUUUUCAAAUCUUGAAGGAUUCCCAGUUACCAUGAAUCAUGAAAUGCUAUAUAGGGCUACACGCUACAACAACAGCAGCCAGGGUCUUAUCUGUCACAUACAAUCUACUGUCACACAAUCUAUUGGCUAAGUCGUAUAGUGACAAGCAAGGAGACUGGACCCCGUUUCUCGAAAACAUCCUUGCUAACCAGUUGGCAACUUACUUGGUUGCAAUGCAAUUUCCCAUUGGAAACAUACCGAGUUGCUAUCUUAGUUAGCAACAAUGUUGUCGAGAAACGCAUCCCUGGAUGAUGAUAACAUUACAUAAUUUCACUGGUGUCAAGCAUCCAACAGUGCAUGGCAAGUGGAAAUAGGCCUACCAAGUCGAAUACUGUUGAGUCAUUUUUGUCCUCUCUUUUUAAAGAAAAUGUUUGUUUGUUUGUAAGAAAAUAAACCAUGUUGGAUAAACUA